AUGACCGAUGAUAUUAACAUGAGAUUUGUUACAGCUUUGAGAGACAUCGAUUCAGAUAAACGCAAGAAACUUGCUUUGCAACAAGCUUGGGAGACAUACAGUCAUAUAACGAAUCCAGAAUCAUCAUUCAGGUUCAUUGCACAGAUGGCAGAAUGUACUACUGCCGAAGUGAGGCAAUAUUUUACAGGACAGCGGCGUUCUUUUAAUGUGGAACAGCCACCUUCUCCCGCUUCAACUUUAUCACCACCUCCUAGUACAUCAUCAAGCGAACUUACAGAGCUUUCUGAAACUUUUGCUUCGGCAGCAAUGCCGGAUGGACUGUCUCACACUGAUUCACAACAGCCACAUAAUAAUGAGGUGGUUCAAAAUUCAGAAAGCAUUCCGGAUACUUCAAUAAAGGAAAAUAAGAAACCAAAAGUGCAGCGUAACUCAAAAAAAAAUUCACCACCAACCCAAGCUGUAAAUCUACAAGAAAGGCCAAAGCGAAAAGGGGUGUCUAAACGUAAAUCAUAUGCAUCAAGUGAUAACGAAGAAACACCCGAUGCUAAACGUCGUAAAGGUAAAAAAAGAACAAGGACAUUUGUAGUGUCAACUGAACCGGUAUAUCCUAGUGAAGUUCCAGGAGACGAACAUAUACAAACCAGGAGAUGUAUGAAUCCUGCGUAUGGUAAAUUUGAGCGUUGUUCAUCAUGUCUAGCAAAGAAAACUGACACGUGUAGAUUUGUAAACUUUCGGAUUUUUGGAACUAUCAAGAAAGACUCUGAAGAUGAUGAACUUGUUUAUGGCCCAAAAUUUACGUCAAUUACUAUCCCCGAUCCACCAGAUACCUAUGAUUUUAAAGAAACAACAGAUGAAAAACAAGGUUACGUUCUUGAUAUGAUAGCCUCAACGUUUAGAAAGGUUCUUCAAAGAGAGAUUUCUCAUUUUGAAUAUGCAAAUAUUCGUAAAAUUCCUAAUAGGGAGAUAUGUCAAUUAUGUGAUAGUUGUGAGACAACUAUAUUUAGCGGGUAUUGGAUGUGCUGUGUUUGUGGUAAAGAACUUUGUUUAUCUUGCUAUAAUGAAUGGGAUGUGGGCAAAAAGUCAAAGACCGUCGUAUGUAGCUUUAGGCGACCUCACAAUAAAGAACAAAUGCUGCCUAUAUAUCAUUACGAUAAGGAUAUAAUACAACGCCUUUUAAAUGAAACUGAGGAAAGAAUGAAUGAUCAUGAGGAUAGUAUGGACAUCGAUGAAUUUAAUGAUGAUGAAUUACCUGAUUUAGAACCUCUCCAAAUGCCAAAAAGCAGUAUUCCAACUACACAGUUGGAUUCUGAAUUUUCCCAAAUACCAGAAGGCAAUGUUCCAACUACACAAUUGGAUUUUGAACUUUCUCAAAUGCCAGAAGGCAAUAUUCAAGCUACACAACCGGAUUUUGAAUUUCCCCAAGUAUCAGAAGGCAAUAUUUCAGCUACACAACCGAAUUUUGAACUUCACCAAGUAUCAAAAGGCAUUAUUCCAGUUAUACAACCAAAUUUUGAACUUUCUCAAAUGCCAGAAGGCAAUAUUCCAGUUAUACAACCAAAUUUUGAACUUUCUCAAAUGCCAGAAGGCAAUAUUUCAGCUACACAACCUGAUUCUGAACUUCCCCAAGUACUAGAAGGUAAUAUUCCAGUCACACAACCAGAUUUUGAACUUACUCAAGUACCAGAAGGCAAUAUUCCAGCUACACAGCCAGAUUUUGUACUUCCUCAAGUACCAGAAGGCAAUAUUCCAACUACACAUCCAGAUUCUGAACUUCCUCAAAUACUAGAAGGCAAUGUUCCAGCUACACAGUCGGAUUCUGAAGUUAACAUCACACCAGAGUUACCACUUCCUACUAUCCGUCCACACGAUCGUUCUCAACAACUUCAUGAUAGUCAUCAAAAAAUAGAAUGGAAAGAAAAUGAACUUACAGAAGAAAUUUUUAAAGAUUUUUGGAGGAAAGGAUACCCGUUCUUGCUAAAGAAAACGUCUACUCGACUAUCAAACAAUUUAUGGACACCCAAAUACUUUAAAACAAAAUAUGGUGAAAUAGAAUGUGAAUGUGUGGAUUGUGAGACUGGUUUGACUUACCCAAUGAAUGUACAAAAAUUUUUUGAUGGUUUUGAAGAUAUCGAUUCUAGAUUCACUCUUAAAGGGGAAGAUAUCGAUUCUACUCUUAAAGGAGAAGAUAUCAAUUCUACUCUUAAAGGAGAAGAUAUCGAUUCUACUCUUAAAGGAGAAGAUAUUGAUUCUACUCUUAAAGGAGAAGAUAUCGAUUCUACUCUUAAAGGGAAAUAUCCGUGCUUAAAGCUAAAGGACUGGCCAUCAACGGAUGAUUUUGCCGAUGUAUUUCCUAAUCAUUUUCAAGAUUUCAUGAAUGCAUUGCCAUUUAAGGAAUAUACUACUCGUCAAGGUGGUUUAAAUUUGGCUAAUAGAUUGCCAACAGAUAUAAAUCGUCCUGAUCUUGGACCAAAAAUGUAUAAUGCUUACGGCUCUGAAGAUGCCGAUGGUGGAAACGGUACAACAAACCUUCACCUAGAUAUGACAGAUGCUGUUAAUAUGAUGGCUUAUGCACCAAAGUUUAGGAAUCGACUUGAACAUGAAAAACUCAAGCCAUCUGCGGCUGUUUGGGACAUUUAUCAUUUUUCAGAUCUACCGCGCGUUCGUAGAUUCUUGCGCAAAGUUGCCAACGAAAGAGGCUUACUAAUUGAUCAUCCCAUUCACGAUCAAUGUUUUUAUAUGGAUUCAACUUUGCGUAAUCGUCUUUUGGAAGAAGAAGGUGUUAGUGGUUGGAGAAUUUAUCAGAAUCCUGGAGAUGUAGUAUUUGUUCCUGCCGGAUGUGCACACCAAGUAUGUAAUUAUACAAGUUGCAUCAAAGUGGCUGUCGAUUUUGUAUCGCCAGAAGGUGUGGCACGAAGUCAUAUUAUCAGUAAUCAAUUUCGUAAAUUGACUCACAAUCAUAAGAGAAAGAAAGAUAUUUUGCAGCUUCCUGUUAUUCUUUAUCAUGCUUGGAUGACCUCAUCUACUCAAUAA